CGCAGAUUCAGAGACAGUCUGGGAAAUUGGAAGGGCAGUCUCUAUCUGAACUCGGUAAUAUGCUUUGUUGUUCUUUGUGUCAACGUGAGAUUCUUUUCAUGGGCGAACUCGUCCCAGAACGAAUCAGUUCUUUACACCGGAGAUUGUGACCAGGCGAAGCGGAUGGGCACAGGUGCUCAUUUGGUGAUCAAUAUCUUAAGCACACUUAUGCUGGCCGGGAGCAAUUUUACAAUGCAAUGUCUCUGCGCGCCUACCAGAAAGGAUUUGGACCGUGCCCAUCAAAGCAACCGCUGGCUUGAUAUCGGAGCACCUAGUAUACGGAAUCUCCGAAGUAUACCAAAUUCAAAUUAUUGCUAUGGUCCUGUCUUGUUCUUUCAUCCCUCCCGUUGCAUCUAUUCUACAACUCAACAGUUUACUCAACAAUCUCUGGAAAUUCAUACCAAGUAUACAUGGGAAAUCCCACUUUCUCUUCCCUCAAAAGCUCUCAAGAUCUCCCCUCCCUGUUCCGGAAUCAUUCUUCCAUCUUUCACGUGCCCAUAACCCAGGAGGCCAAGACAAGCAGAUAUCGAGAUAAAGUACCUAUUG